AUGGCGCGUCUGAUGGGAUCUCUGCGGUGCUGCUGCUGCUGCCUCCUCGUUUUCCUGCUAGCAACACUCGACACCGCCACCGCCACCGCCACCGCCGCUGGCAACGAGACCCAGACAAACUUAUGGGCCGUCAUUUUGUCUACCUCACGCUACUUCUUUAAUAUACGCCACACCUCCAACGCGCUGACGAUGUACCACCUCUGCCGCAAGCACGGGCUAGACGACGACCACAUCCUCCUCUUCCUUGGCGACAGCUAUGCCUGUGACCCACGCAAUCCCUAUCCGGCCGCCAUCCACAGCGCUCUUUCGGGGUCUGAUCGAGUCAAUCUGUACGGCUGCAGCGUGGAGGUGGACUACGCCGGGUACGACGUGGACGUGCGUCGUUUUCUUGGCCUUCUGCAGGGUCGCUACGACGCACUUACGCCCCCCUCGCGCCGCCUCAACACCGAUGAAAACUCCAAUAUUUUGAUUUAUGCUGCUGGACACGCUGCAGAGGGUUUUUUUAAAGUUCAGGACUCCGAGUUCAUGAGCUCCAUGGAUGUUGCCGACACACUUAUGAUGAUGUGGGAGCAGCGACGGUAUCGGAAGGUGGUUUUUCUGGUCGACACCUGCCGUGCCUUGGCGAUGUGCCUUGAAAUUAAGGCCCCAAACGUGAUCUGCCUCACCUCGUCGGAUGCGACGCUAGAAAGUUUUUCACAUCAUGUGGAACCUUUGAUAGGGCUGACAUUUAUUUCCCGCUGGUCCUUUGAGUCGCUGCAGCUUCUGGAACACGCAAAGUGCCGUGUCGGGCCCAACGAGAAGACCACUCUGCAAAUGUCUUGGUACGACUUCAAUUACGGUGCGGAGCGGAAGAGCCUGCCCCCUCCACUGUCGGUGCCGUCACAUUUUGAUGCUGUGAAUGAACCGGGGGCGAUUCAUCGGUGGAAGCUGGAGGAAUUCUUUUGCGAUCGCGCACGGGAGAUAGUUUCAGUUGAUGUGCGUUACGACUUGCUAUAG